AUGUCUGCCCCUACCGCCAACGAUCCAUUAUCAGGUCACCCAGGACAUCUUUCCGAAUCUCAACAAGCCACCUUGACCAAAUUCAGAGAAGAACUCACCGCCGAAGGGUCCAUCCCAGCCAACGGAGAUGAAGUAGUAGCCAAAUUAGGAUACGACAGAUUCGAUGAUCAAACUCUGUUGAGAUUCUUGAGAGCGAGAAAGUUCGAUAUACCAAAAGCUAAAUUGAUGUGGAACAACAAUGAAAAGUGGAGAAAGGAAUUUGGAGCUGAUGAUAUCGCUGCGAACGGCUACGAUUACCCAGAACAAAGAGAAGUAAACAAAUACUAUCCUCAAUUCUACCACAAGACCGACAAAGAUGGUAGACCGAUAUACAUCGAACAAUUAGGUAAACUCGAUAUAAGCAAGUUGUACGCUUUGACCACUCAAGAUAGACAAUUACAUCAUUUGGUUCAUGAAUAUGAGAAAUUCUUGAAAUCGAGAUUACCAGCUUGCUCGAAGGAGGCUGGUCAGUUGGUGGAGACCUCUUGUACGAUUUUGGAUUUGUAUAAUGCGGGGAUUAGUAGUUUCUAUAAAGUGAAAGACUACGUUGGCGCGGCCAGUUCAAUCGGACAAAACAAUUGUGAGUGUCCUGAAACCAUGGGACACAUGUUCAUCAUCAACGCACCAUACCUCUUCUCGACCGUCUGGUCAUUAAUCAAACCAUGGUUAGACGAAGCUACAGUCCGCAAGAUCCAUAUCCUAGGUAAGAACUACAAGACGGAAUUACUCCAAUACAUCCCUGAAGAGAACCUGCCUACGGACUUGGGUGGGAAAUGUAACUGUCCUGGUGGAUGUAGUUUAUCAGAUGCUGGACCUUGGAAUCCUACUCCUUCUGCUCCUACCGCUUAG